CCGCACGUUGUGAGUUCGUCGUCUCCGUAAUGAAGCUCGUAUUUUCUAUUACUUCUCUUUGGGUGAUUUUAUAUCUCCAUCAAAAAAGUUGCUAUGGAGCAGUUAACAUCAUUGAACCAGAAAUGUAUAUUCAAAAAUUAGUGAAACGAUUUGUCGAAAUGCUUGAGAUUAGAUAUCUUUCCAAUGACCUGCCAAUUGAUGAUUAUGUAGCUCCAAUUAAUAUCUCAUCAUACGGGAUUGCUGUUGUUGGCAACGUAUCGUUUCACUCGGCGUUUGUCGCCCGUAUAGGAUCAAUUAAAGUAAAUUUGCAACAAAUUUCCAAUGUUCUGCUGAGUACUGAAAUGCAAAUUAAUACGAACGUUUUUUGGGAGCAAGUAGGUGUGGUUCUCGACUUUCAAGCCGAAUUGGAAGGAUACCGCGGUCCUGGAACUUUGAUGGUGACCUACAAACAAUUCAGAUUACCGCUUAAGACAUCUCGUACUUUCGCAACCGGCCAGUUGUCAGGAAGUUUGCUAUUUGAAAGUAUCAGCAAUCAGAAUGAAAUCGAAAUAGUUGGACACCCGAAUGAUGUGCACGUACAGAUGAUUGCAAGAGCGAUCAUCACUGAUAUUUACUUUCGAAGAUACAUGAUUGCCUCAUUUGAACGAUGGAAUUUUCAGAAUGUUCUUAGUGCUGCAAUGCAAGAGAUACCAUACCCGGAAAUUUGUUACAAUUGUUGAAGGCUGAAAAGUUGCCAUAUGUGCUAUCGUCUAUUACAUGAAAAGUC